AUGGCGUCGGUGAGACAGGACACCGCAACUCAUAAUAUGAUUUGCCUUCUUCGAGAAUGGGAUCGUUCUCCCAAAGAGAAGCGCCGUCGGCUUCUGCAGGACUUUAUCGACCAGCACUGGAACCGGUCUGGGCCCGAACUGGAGCUGGAGUUAGCCCAAAUGGCUAGCCUCUUUCUAGCUCGAAUAUGUGUUUGGGUGAAGUUAACUUACAUGAACGGAGUCUGUUUGACGGAGCAACUCCAGGUCCUCUACAUCUUCCUCUCAGCGGCUGGCAGCCACAACUUCUUGACCGAGUUCCUGGAGAACGGCGGAGUCCUUUGUCUGCAGGAGUUGUGCAUCCUGCCGAAUGCCAAGGAGAUUGACAAGUACUGGGCACUGCGUGUGCUCUCCUGCGUCGCCAACGGUGGCACUCGCUACAAGGAGACAAUCUGCGAAUGCUACGCUUGUCCCCCCAACACACGCCUCCGUCGCCGAAGAAAACGUCCAGGUUCCAUACCUCGAGCUAGCGAAGUGAGCAUGUCCAUCGAUGCCAAGAAGUCUAUAGAGGCUGAAUCUAUCGAUUUCCUUGUCAAUGCAUCGGGCUGUCCACCGUUGCCCAAAAUCUGUUCCCGCCGCCGGGUCGGGUGUAGCGGACUUGCCUGUCCCACCGCGUUCCCCUUUUCACUCCCCAGACGGUCGAACACACUUCAACUGGUUGUCGUCUGCCCACUUUCAGGAAUCCGUGCCGUUGCCGAGUGCAUGGCAAAAUCGAACUCCGAGCAGACUCAGGAGGCGGCACGCAGCGUCCUUGAGCUGCUGGCCGAGGGCAACCCGCGGUUCCGCGACCAGGUCUACAAGGGCUUCAUCGCUGUUCUACCCUGCGACUCCGCCAAGGCCCAACAGCUCGCUCUCCAGUCCAUCCGCAUACUUCAGGCUCUCGUGCUUGUUGCCUUCCAUGUAGUGCCACAAUUUGCACUUGUUGAAGAGGUGCUGCGUCGCACAACGGUUUUUAUUCCUCUGCCCUCCCGUCGACUCGUCGUGCCCACACCGGAAAAUUUCAAUUCCCGCCAGGUUUUCAGUCAUUGCGAAGCCUCAGAGGAAGAUCUUGCUAGAUGUUCGGGAUUUCUCGAAUCCACCACACCGGUUGUUGACACUCGAAACAUCAACAACAAGGCGGGUUUGCUUCGCAGCCACGAGAAAGCCGACAGGACCAUCAAAGUGUCGGCCGGGAAUCCGGUGGCGAACAGAGCGCUCAUCGACCGCAUCAACUGCAUAAUGGAGUCGCUUCAUCUUUCCGUUCAGGCUGCUGCUGUGGAGCUCGUGCGCAGCCUGAUGCAGUGCGACAUAGCCGACGACAUUCUGCAAGCCCUCGUUGGCCUGCUUCAUCCGCAGCGAGAAAUUGAACUCGGCAAGCUCUUCAACGAGUCAACCAGAGCCCUCUCCGACAGCAGCUCCGAUGAGAGCGACGUCGAAGCGAAAGAAUCCACGGUCGGCGAAAAGAAGAUAAAAAUGAAGAUGAAACAGGAGGCGGGAGCUGGGGCGGAGGAAGAGGUCGAUGAGGUCGACACCAUGGGCUAUGGCGUUAUGGUCGCGAAACCCUCCAAGUCAGCGCAUCGUCGAGAGGGGCGUCCGAAAAGAAGCGUCCGGUACUCCUCCGGCUCUCGCGGCAGCCGUUCGAGCUCCCCCACCAAGACCAGGAGCCAGCACAAGGUGCCCGGGGAGGGCGCUGCCACGAAGGCAGCCCCGAAAGACCUGGAUAAACAGGACAAACGCCGGAAGGCCGCCGAGGAACAGGCUGUUCAAUUGCCCACCCCCGUUUUCGUCCAACAGGCCUCCGCCGCAAGCAUUCUCAUUGAGGACAGCGCCGAUCUCGCAAAGAAGUUGUUGAAGUUCGGAGCACUAUCGGGACUUCUCUAUGCCAUGGGUAAUUUGGAGUAUCCUGACAGCCAACGCCAGGCCAGCUUAGCCCUCAAGACUCUCUGUGGGAGGUAUGAGCCGAUCAAAGCAGUGGUCGCCCACAUCAUGGGACAGGCGUUUUAUGAGGACUUCUUUAAUAACACCGACGAGUUCUACCUGCACAUGUCUCCGCUACAGGCCGACCUGUUGGUGUCCAAUAAAACCAAGUUUGCUGGAUUUGAGGAUGAGAUUAACUUCGACACGAUGUACACAGCAGCAGUACCCAGGUCUGUUCAGUUCCUCAACCACCAAACACUCGUCUGUUCACAAAUUAAAAUUGACAUUUAA